AUGGCAGCAUUCGCGAAAGCUUAUCAAUCAUCCUUCAAUCGUAGACCUAAUAUCACAUUAUCACUCACAAACGGUACACUCUCUGCAUUAGCAGAUAGUAUAGCCCAGUCUAUUAAUCCUGAAUUGGAUGAAAAUUCUGAAAAACUAUGGAACAAAAGACGAACAGUCAACUUUUUCAUAUUCGGUGCAGCUAUGGGAACACCACUUAACUAUUGGAAUAAGUUUUUAGAGCGUGCUUUUCCUCUUAGACGUGCGGGCGCAUUGCCGAAUUCACCAAUAAGCCUCAGAAUGCUCUUCACAAGGGUUGGAGUAGACCAAGCUGUAAUGGCACCAUCAGGUUUAACGGCUUUCAUUGGAAUCAUCGGUAUCUUGGAAGGAAAAACUUCAAGAGACUUGAAAAACAAGUACAGCGAUUUAUUCGUCCCUGCUAUACUUGCUAACUGGAAAGUCUGGCCAUUGAUUCAGCUUUUCAACUUCCGCUUUUGUCCUUUAGCCUUCAGAGUACCUUUCACAGCCUCAUGUGGUGUUCUCUGGACAUUAUACCUUAGCAACUUAAACUCAAAGUAA